UGAGCUUACACCUUUUAAUAUUGUUUUUGGGUCAUUACUGAGGAAAGAGUAUAUGUGAUUGGACGCUCGACUGCGCAUAUAUUUUAUUUAAAGAAUUUAGUAUUUCCAGUGUGAUUUCGGAGAGUGUUCAAUAGAGAAAGCUUUGACUGUUUGAAACAAAUUGGAACUUGAGUUUCUGUUCUACUAUCAUGGGAGAAGGAUUAAAGAGAAAGAGCUCCGUGAUUUAGUCAUAAAUGAAUGUAAGAAUAUCACGUAAAACAUUGGUACGACGACUGAAUAGCUAGAAUCUACGUGAAAUUGAUGAUUUUAUAAUAAAUACCGGAACUACACAAUGAAGAAGAGGUAGUUACCGAUGUUCGAAGCUCUACUAAAGAAUCGACGACGACGAUAAGUUUUGACUAACAGCAUAAAUAGAACUGGAUCAACGACGAAUUAAGAAGAAAAGAAGAAAAGGACGAUCAAUCUUCGAGAUGGAAGGAGUUCGACAGCGGUAGACGGCAUCGUAGACGGUGUACCGGAGGACAUCAUCCUUCUAGACGACUCCAGGUGACCGACGCCAGUCCUGCUGGAGUACCAGCAGCACGAGAGGAGGUGCAUCGAGACGGAGACCCAACCAGCGACAUCGGAGGAGAGUGAGAUCUAACCAGCAACAUCGGAGGAGAGACAGGGGUUCGGAGAGGUUUUCCACAGCCUCUUGGUAUUGUAACGACGCGACGAGGGGCUGCUAUAUAAACACAUGAGAAGGCGAGAAGGUCACAUCAGUUUACCAAGAAGGCAGCAGAUAUCCACACACAGGCCACACCAUGAAGCUGCUCGCAGUCGUGUUGAUGGCCGUGCUCGUGCUGCACAGCGCGCAUGGCUACGAGGAGAAGGCCAGCUCUCCGCCGCCGAAGCCAUCCGGUAAUCCCCCGACCGGGACACCACCCGGCUCCCCCCCAUCGGGGACACCAUCCGGCCCCCCACCCACAGGGAAGCCCAUGAAGUCCUUCAUCCCGGACGACCGCGUGAGCAGCCUGGCGUCGCGCCUGCAGCAAGUGCUGCUGUCCGAGAAGGACGUGCAGGAGAGGUUCAAGCUGUGUGUGCACGUCUGCGGCAGUUGGUGAUUUGAAAAUGUCAAACAAAUAAAUGGAGCAAGCAAGAGUUGGACUUGCAUACAGUA